GCGCCUAAAUUCAAAGGAACAGUUCCGGCACGGUUGUUGGGCUGCGGCGGCGGGUCUGUACCCGGGAUGUUGGCGUUCGCCUGGUAGCGCCGGAAUACAGGCCUGGCUUGGAGCUUGUUCCCCAACAGGCUUGCCAGCCCAAGACAGUAUAGAAAAUGUAUGUUAAAUCAAUCAUUCUCGAAGGAUUCAAGUCCUAUGCACAAAGGACCGAAGUCAAUGGUUUUGACCCCCUCUUUAAUGCUAUCACUGGUCUAAAUGGUAGUGGAAAAUCCAAUAUAUUGGACUCCAUCUGCUUUCUCCUAGGCAUCUCCAACCUGUCUCAGGUGCGAGCUUCUAAUUUACAAGAUCUAGUUUAUAAAAAUGGGCAGGCUGGAAUUACCAAAGCCUCUGUUUCAAUCACUUUUGAUAAUUCUGACAAAAAGCAAAGUCCGUUAGGAUUUGAAGCUCAUGAUGAAAUCACAGUAACAAGACAGGUGGUUAUUGGUGGCAGAAAUAAAUAUUUAAUCAAUGGAGUGAAUGCCAAUAACACCAGAGUCCAGGAUCUCUUUUGUUCUGUUGGCCUGAACGUUAACAACCCUCACUUUCUCAUCAUGCAGGGCAGAAUUACAAAAGUAUUAAAUAUGAAACCACCGGAGAUACUAUCCAUGAUCGAGGAAGCUGCUGGAACCAGGAUGUACGAGUACAAAAAAACUGCUGCCCAGAAAACUAUAGAAAAGAAGGAGGCCAAGCUGAAAGAGAUAAAAACGAUAUUGGAAGAAGAGAUUACUCCAACUAUCCAAAAGUUAAAAGAGGAAAGAUCUUCUUACUUGGAGUACCAAAAAGUAAUGCGAGAAAUAGAGCAUUUGAGUCGUUUAUAUAUUGCUUAUCAGUUUUUGCUGGCCGAAGAUACCAAGGAGCGCUCAGCUGGGGAGCUAAAGGAGAUGCAGGAUAAAAUACUAAAGCUUCAAGAAGUAUUGUCAGAGAAUGAAAAAAAAAUAAAGGCUCUCAAUUGUGAAAUAGAAGAACUGGAGAAAAGAAAAGAUAAGGAGACUGGAGGCAUACUGCGAUCUUUAGAGGAGGCUUUUGCCGAGGCUCAGAGAGUUAAUACUAAAUCUCAAAGUGCAUUUGAUCUCAAGAAGAAAAACCUGGCUGGUGAAGAAACCAAACUCAAAGAGCUAGAAAAAACCAUGGCUGAGGACGCUAAAGCAGUAGCAACAAAGGAAAAAGAAGUUAAAAAUAUAACAAAUGGGCUUUACAGCCUUCAAGAAACAUGUAAUAAAGAUGCUGAAGCUUUGGCUGCCGCCCAGCAGCACUUCAAUGCUGUUUCUGCUGGCUUGUCCAGUAAUGAAGAUGGGGCAGAAGCAACUCUGGCUGGUCAGAUGAUAGCCUGUAAAAAUGACAUAAGUAAAGCUCAGACUGAGGCCAAGCAGGCUCAGAUGAAGCUCCAACAUGCCCAACAAGAGCUCAAGAGUAAGCAAGCCGAAGUCAGGAAGAUGGAUGGUGGCUAUAAGAAGGAUCAAGAAGCUUUUGAAGCUGUAAAAACAGCUAAAGAAAAACUUGAAGCUGAAAUGAAGAAGCUAAAUUACGAAGGAAACAGAGAGGAAAAGCUCCUGGAGAAGCACAGGCAGCUGUCUCGUGAUGUCAAUCAUCUGAAAGGAACACAUGAAGCUCUCCUGGCCAGAUUUCCCAAUCUUCGGUUUGCAUACAAGGACCCAGAGAAGAACUGGAAUAGACAUUGUGUGAAAGGACUUGUGGCUUCUCUGAUAGGUGUGAAAGAUAAUUCUGCAGCCACGGCUUUGGAGCUGGUGGCUGGGGAACGACUCUACAAUGUUGUAGUAGACACAGAGGUUACUGGUAAGAAGCUACUAGAAAAGGGGGAAUUGAAGCGUCGAUACACAAUAAUUCCUCUCAAUAAAAUUUCAGCCAGAUCUAUUGCUCCUGAAACUCUGAAGGUCGCUCAGAAUCUUGUUGGUGCUAACAAUGUUCAUGUAGCUCUUUCCUUGGUUGACUACAAACCAGAACUUCAGAAAGCAAUGGAAUUUGUCUUUGGAACAACGUUUGUUUGUAACAAUAUGGAUAAUGCCAAAAAAGUGGCCUUCGAUAAAAGGAUAAUGACCAGAACUGUAACUCUUGGGGGUGAUGUAUUUGAUCCUCAUGGAACGUUGAGUGGAGGUGCCAGGUCCCAGGCAGCUUCUAUCCUAACCAAGUUUCAAGAGCUCAAAGAUGUUCAGAAUGAGCUGGGGACCAAGGAGAACGAGCUACAUGCUCUAGAAGAGGAAUUAGCAGGUCUUAAAAAUGUUGCUGAAAAGUAUCGCCAACUGAAGCAGCAGUGGGAGAUGAAGGCAGAGGAAGGAGAUUUGUUGCAAACUAAACUUCAGCAAAGCUCUUAUCAUAAACAACAAGAAGAAUUAGAUGCCCUUAAAAAAACCAUUGAGGAAAGUGAAGAGACAUUAAAAAACACCAAAGAAAUCCAAAGGAAAGCCGAAGAAAAGUAUGAAGCAUUGGAGAAUAAAAUGAAAAAUGCAGAAUCUGAAAGAGAGAAAGAACUGAAGGAGGCUCAGAAAAAGCUGGAUUGUGCCAAAACAAAGGCAGAUGCAUCUAGCAAGAAAAUGAAAGAAAAACAACAGGAAGUUGAUGCUAUCACUCUAGAGCUGGAAGAGCUGAAAAGAGAGAGUGCGUCUAAUAAGCAGCAGCUCGAUGCUGUGAAUGAAGCCAUCAAAGCCUAUGAAGGUCAGGUUGAAGUAAUGGCGGCUGAGGUAGCUAAAAAUAAGGAAGCAGUAAAUAAAGCUCAAAAUGAGCUGAUGAAGCAAAAAGAAAUACUAUCAGCCCAGGACAAUAUAAUUAAAGAUAAAUGUGCAGAAGUGGCAAAAUACAAUUUACAAAACAAUGAUUCUCAGCUUAGAAUUAAGGAGUUAGACCACACCAUAAACAAACAUAAGCGGGAAGCUGAUGCUGCUGCUGCGAAGGUAUCCAAAAUGUUGAAUGAUUAUGACUGGAUUAACCCUGAGAAACAUCUCUUUGGCCAACCUAAUAGUGCCUAUGAUUUCCAAACAAACAAUGUCAAAGAAGCUGGUCAGAGACUUCAGAAGUUACAAGAAGUGAAAGAGAAACUAGGGAGAAAUGUCAACAUGAGAGCUAUGAAUGUACUGACUGAAGCUGAAGAGCGGUAUAAUGAUUUGAUGAAGAAGAAAAGAAUUGUAGAAAAUGAUAAAUCCAAAAUCCUUGCAACUAUAGAAGAUCUUGACCAGAAGAAAAAACAGGCCCUAAAUAUUGCUUGGCAAAAGGUGAACAAAGACUUUGGCUCUAUUUUUUCUACCCUUUUGCCUGGUGCCAAUGCUAUGCUUGCACCACCAGAAGGGCAGACGGUUUUAGAUGGUCUGGAGUUCAAGGUUGCCUUAGGAAAUACAUGGAAAGAAAACCUAACUGAGCUAAGUGGUGGUCAGAGGUCUCUAGUGGCUCUCUCACUAAUAUUGUCCAUGCUCCUCUUCAAACCUGCUCCAAUUUAUAUCUUGGAUGAGGUGGAUGCGGCCUUGGAUCUUUCUCAUACCCAGAAUAUUGGACAGAUGCUGCGUACUCACUUUACACAUUCUCAGUUCAUUGUGGUGUCCCUCAAAGAAGGCAUGUUCAACAAUGCAAAUGUUCUCUUCAAAACCAAGUUCGUGGAUGGUGUUUCUACAGUAGCCAGAUUUACACGGAGUCAAAAUGGGAGUAUUCCAAAGGAAGCAAAAUCCAAGGGAAAAGGACCCAACUGAGCAUGUACUAGAAGUUCAGAGUACAGA